AACUCGUGAAACCACGUACACAAAAAAGAAAAGGUUGGGAGAGAAAGCGCGUUGAUGAUAUGAAGUCUAGUCUAUCUUCCUUCCCUCUAUAAAAGGAAACAUGCAGAGACCGUAUGGAAUAAGCAGAUAGAUCAAAGUGAGUAGAAGAAGAUCUAAAGAUAUGGAAGGUGUUGCAAGAAAAGCUAGUAACAAAUGGUUGUUGCGGAAGACUCGGAAGAGCAAAAGGAAAAGGAAGAAAAAAAUGGUUAACCUGAUGAUCUUGUUUGUUGGUAUGGGAGGAUUCCGAAAUGUAAUCAGGUGUUGCAAGAUGACCAUGGGUGUUGCCAGAUCGAUGGAGAGUCUUGCAAGAUCGAUCGAGAGUCUCGCAAGAUCGACCAUAGGUGUUGCCAGAUCGAUGGAGAGUCUUGCAAGAUCGAUCGGGAGCCUCGCAAGAUCGACCAUGGGUGUUGCCAGAUCGAUGGAGAGUCUUGCAAGAUCGAUCGAGAGUCUCGUAAGAUCGACCAUAGGUGUUGCAAGAUCGAUCGGGAGUCUCGCAGGAUCGACCAUGGGUGUUGCCAGAUCGACGGAGAGUCGUGCAAGAUCGAUCGAGAGUCUGGCAAGAUCGAUUGAGAGUUUAUGGUUUGGGAAUGCUCAUGCAUGUUUAGCGCACAGCGUGGAGAUGUGAUCAGGUCUAAUGAGGCACGAUUUAGGAGGCACAUAAUAACAACAGAACUCAAAACAAUCAAUAUACUGAAGCAGAACUCGAGAAAAAUGAAGCAUUUUCCUUGAAACAAUAAAAAAGAGUAAUGGAAAUGGUUGUUUGAUUCAUAGAUGUUGUAAUAUGACAAGAAAUGGAUGACAGGGUCAUAUGUAAGCCCCAGUGGCGUUUGAAUCAUGUAUUUGCUUUUCUUUAAACAGCAAAAAGGUAAUGAAAAUCACUGGUGGAAAUUGAAAAGCCAGAAGUUAGUCUGGCGAUAUAAAUUCAAACUGACUUC